UUAUGUUGCUAUGGUUUCACUCAAGAGAGUCCUUUUGAAGUCAAAUCAAUAACAAUGGUUUUAUUCCGUUAUUUAAUAUAUUUCAGUUUCUGCUUUUUUGUUGCAGGUUCAAGACAAAGUCAUGCAUUGCAUCGAGUCAAGAAGGAUGAAAAGAAAAGUAGACAUCCGAGGGACUUGACUUCAGAACCUCAAGGCCAUCCUGCGACUGAUAUAAUUUCCGAUUUAGGUACAAUGAUCAAGAUUCUUACUGGGAAAGAUGACAUUGAAUUUAAUGUUUACGGUUUAUAUUGUGUAAGAGGAUAUGGUGGCUUUGGCAUUCCAGUUGAUUCUAUUGACAGACUCGGUCUAAUUACUCCCGAGGUAUUCUGUGAGCGAUACUUCGUCCCAGCGGAUUGUAUAUUUAUGAGGCACUUGCAACUGGAUGGACAUGAGUACGCUACUUUGGCUGGUGAAUUUGACACAAUUCUAUGCAUUUUGUAA